AUGCCGGCCGGUUUCCCACGCGCAGGGCAGGCCGGGGCUCGGGGCCCGUGGCGGAGCCGGAGCGAGGGCCGCGCCGAGCUGCGCCGCUGGCUGCACAGCGGUGAUCCCGCGCGGGUGAACAAGGCAAAAGAGAAUGACACAUGUGCUGUUUCCUUUUCCAGUUGUAAAGGGGUCAGGAGCCCGGCAAGGAGAGUCUGCACAAGAGCAGCAUUUUCCCGGGCUCUUCCAGCUGUUCUGCUCAAUCCCGCCGUCCGUUCUGAGCAGGGAAGAGAGACUGUCAACACAAAUAAGGCAUUUUUCAAAGGCGUAAAUUAUGAGUUACCAAAACAAUACGACAUCUCUACCACGUUGUCUGGUCAGCUCAGAUCAGCUCACAGAUAUCCUCUGCAGCUCCUAUUCCUUCAUGCCUGUCCCCUUCUCAGCCGGCAAGCAAGUUCUCAUAUCUCAUCAAAGGAAAUACAGGAUGGAGAGAUCGAGAGCUCUUCGGUUGGAGCAGAUGUGGCUGUUAUCGGAGGUGUGAUUGCUGCAGUGGUAUUUGUCCUCAUUUGCCUGUUGGUUGUGAUGCUCCGAUACAUGUACAGGCAUAAGGGCACCUACCACACCAACGAGGCAAAAGGAACUGAGUUUGCCGAAAGCGCAGACGCCGCUUUGAAAAAUGACCCUGCUCUCCAGGAAGCAGUGGAUGACAGCAAAAAGGAAUAUUUUAUCUGAGAGGCAAGGAUUUCCAUGGAGAUUUCCCCAAGGGAGUCAGUCAGAAAUACUACAUCAACACAAGUGCUGAGAAGGAUAAUAUGAGGACAGAGGCAAGCAUCCUAAUUGAAAAAUACCUCUUUUCUUUUUUUGACAUUGGGUUGUUUCUUUUCCUCCACCCAUGAAGAACUGAAUGCCAGAUACUUGCCUGCUGAUUUUAUUAGCAACACAGCUGGUCUCAGUUGAAAUCGAUAUCAGAUAAGAAACAAAAUCUCAGUAUGAGUGAUACACCAAAACCAGAUAAUGAUAGCAAAUGUCAAGCCUUGACAUUUGGUGAAAAUAGCAGAUGCCAAUGGAAAACAUCCUCUUAGAGUUAAUGAUGCAGCCUAUGCUGAUAUUAUACAGAACUACCUGAAAUUGAAUUUCAAAUGGUCACAGAACAAACAGUAAACUAGAUAAAGCUGAGACAGCUGGAACAAAAACAGCUUUGUAGUCCAGGUAUCUCUCCCUUCCCCUUAAAUGUGCAAUUUUAUGGGCACAGGGGAGUUUGUUUUGUUUUUUGAGGGAUUUAGAUAGAGAUUUUCUUCUUGAAUUUUUAGAAGUCUAUAUAUAUAAAAGUCAAAGACACUUCAAAGAAAAAAACUAUUGAAAAAUAUGGAAAAUCUAAGAAUGAAGGAUUUAUUUCUAACUUGCUCUGCAUGGCAACUUGUGAAGACAAAACGUUGGAAUUUAUCACAUAGAUUAUAAUAGUCAGUAGACUUUCAAAUUUGAUUUCAAUUAGUUGUUAGUUUUCCUACAAGCAUGCAUGAAUAGAUAGAUAUUAAAAGGUAAAGCAUCUUGUUUUGAGCAGGCCUUUUGAAACGAUGGAGCUCAGCUAGACUUUUUUCAAGUAAGAUAUUUUUGCCUGAGUAUUUAUUUAUUUAUUUUGCAUUGGAAAACUCUUUUGAACACCUGCCAAUAAGAUUUUGGAUUUUUACAGCUCUAGCACAGAUAGCAAUAAAUCUUUUACAAAUUAAAUGACAAAAUGGCACUAGAAGGAUUCAUCUGAAUCCCAAUGGAUUAAAUUGAUAUCUCCCUCUGUAUGGCCUUUAUAUAUCCUUUGCAUUGCACUAGAUAUGAGAAUUACACUGACUACCAGUGCUUUAAUUUAAAUAAACAAACAAAUUAAUCAUGGUGGGUCACAGGAAAAGAUUUUGUUCCUUGCCUAAGAAUCAACAGAGAUGAGUUUCUUUGCCCCAGUAAGCUGUCUUCCUAAUUUAAGCCCACAGUUAGCUCCAGAAAUAGGAUAAUUGUUCGGUGCACCUGUUCUUCCCCAGCUGCAAUGGUGCCCUGGACUACUGAAAACAGAAGAGGAGAAUACGUGAUAACAAAUAGGAUGCUGAUGAGCUCUGCUCAACCUGAUAUGUUUUUUCCUGUGUUUUGAUCUAUGUGUGUGUGUAUAUAUACAUACAUACAUACAUAUAUAUAUAUAUAUAGUCACCUAUAACUGUGCUUUCAAGACAUUGUUGCUGAUCAUAUAUACUCACUUCUUGGCACCAAAAACUUGGAAAGCUCCUGGACUCCAGCAUAUCCAAUGCAAUGCUGGCCACAUAAAUGCUACAGGGAAGACAGAUCUGAACCAGAGAAGACACUGAGGACUCAAGUUGGUGAAGAAAUGGGACAUUUUUGUGUGUUCAAUCACAGUCUCAGUCUUUUCUCAGUACCUGCAGGAGGUGGACUCUGAACUAUUCUUUGAAUCCUAAUAGCUUAAAUCUUGGCUAAUUCUAUAAGUUUGCAUUUUAAUCAAAUAAUAACAAAAUCAUGCCAAAUUUACUUGCUUAACAUAUUUUUCAUAAUAUGCUGUUGCACAAGCACAUUGUAUUUUGUGGCUAGUUCAGUAUAAAAUGCACAUAACCCAACACUAUUAGAGCUCAUAUAUUUUGAUAUUAUGCACUUGAUUAUUUCCUUCUAAAUUACAUUACUAUUUUAAUGUUUUACUACUUUUGAAAAAGGAAUCUGGCUUUAUUUUUCUGGAACAAAUUUUGGAAGAAAUUUACUAAUCUUAGCUAUAAGACUAAGUCUGUAAAACGGAAGAUUUAUCCCUGACCUUCCAAUCAAAUAAAAAAGUAGUAUUUCCCCUGAUGAGAGGAGAGGGUAAAUGGGAUGACUUGAUCUCUGUCACAUCUCUUAGAUAAGGCACAGAAACACCCAAAAACUUUGCCUGAAUGCUAGCAGGACCUACAGAGGUUACUAGUCCUUCAGCACCUUCUGUCCCUUUACAUAUAUCCAGACCCACAUGAUCUAGGUUUGGCUGUUGAAGAAUAUUUGCUUAAUUGAAUUUUAUUUGAUACCAUCCAGGUGAUAGGCUGGAACAAUUUUCUUUCUAAGUUCUCCUAAGGUGACCUAGGGCAAUGUGUGAGGAACAUUGGCAAUAAAUUCCUUCCUAUCUCCCCAGUCAUGAAAUUCUCUGUUUUUUACAGCAUGAGCCUGUUGAUUAGAAUUAGAGAACUGUGAACUGUGAACAGAAGCAGAAGAACCUGCAUCUUUCUCUUUUUUCUUUCCUCUUUUUUUUUUUUUUUUUUCUUUUUUUUUUGGUGGAUUGUUUUUUUAAAUUUAUAGUGUGGACAGAGCCAAACAAGUCAUGUUCACUAAUGGCAUCUGAACUAUAGAGUCCAGAUUUUCUGGUGAUAUAAAACAAAUUCAGUGGAGUUUAGCCAAUUCUUACCAGUUCAGUCAGCCCCAGACUUUGUGUUAUUGCCUUCCCAAAAUCUGAACUGAAUGCAACUCCUGGGCUCGACCAUUUUCCUACUUAGUAGCUUAAUUAAAUCUCUUUAUCCAGGCAAACAAACUGUCUAAGCAUACAGCAACAGCUUCGCAAUUAGUCAUGAGCCACUUUGAAUGUUUGCAGAGCAGUGACUCUGGCAAAAAACGAUAGUUUCAGUUAGUUUAUUUUUCCUAGUGUCCCAUUUGGUUCCAGGACUUUGUGAGUUUAGGAAUGACUAAGGCACACUGAACAGAGAGAAGAGCUGGUUUGUGAGGAUUUUUUUUGUUUAUUUGUCUUUUUCAGGACAAAUUUUGCUUUGUAAUGGAGAGAAUUCAUGACAUCUGAUGACUGGCAGAGCUCUGAUGGCCUGAUCCUGCUAUUUUUUACUCAUACAAUAACUCUAGUAUCUUGAGUCAUUCAAUUUAGCUGUAAAAGUGUGCAUUAUAAACUUCCUACAACUUUUAGGGCUAAUUAGCAAACCCUCCUUUUGUAAGCCCCAUGCUGUGCUAGAACAAACACUGGGUAUAUGUCUCAGGUGGCUGCCAUAGGUUUUAAUCCACAAUGAAUAAUUGCUUUUUAUCAAUUUCCUUAACAAACAAGAGAAUUAAGGAAAUUGGUUCUUCCUCCUCACCAGGCUUUUAGCCUCGGUGCCUCCAGUGCUGUCUCCCCAAUUCUUCUGCAGCUCUCAGGUGACCCAUCUGCUCAACAGCUCCUGCCCCAAUACCUAGGCAGGCUCCCCAACUGCCUUUGCGUGGCAUGCCCCUGGCAGUUCCUUCAACGGCCCCCACGCCUGCUGCACACACUUUCCCUAUCACCACACUCCCUGUCACCACCGUGAUGUCUUCAGCUGCUCCCACACUUCUCCUUUGCCGCCUUACUUUUUUCAUGGAAACAUGCUGCAGUUGGAUUGAUACAUAUACCGACUGUACAAUCAAUCAUAUCUCUGUAGUGAAAUGCAUCCAGGAUAAAAAGAUAAAUUUGACUAGUUUUUUUUUUUUUUUGAAUCAGUGUAGGCACUAACUUUGUCCCUCUCCACCACACAAGAUCUAAGAAGAGGUUCAGACCUCCAGUUCUGUGCCAGAUUUGAUCAAAACUAACCAGUGAGUUGAACAAGGACUGAUUUAUAGAGUCAUCAUAUAGGCUAUAUUUUCACAGAAAACAGCUAAAAAUAGUACUGCAAGCUCUCUAGUUAGUUAACUUUAGUGUUAUAAACCCCUAGUGUUUGGUAAACAAGGGAGCAGAAUGACGGUCUCUCAAACAAAUCAGUUUUGUCCUGAUGCCCUAGUGCUCUUGAAUACCACUUUGCAGAGAAAGCCACAUGCUUUCUUGCACCACUUUGCAUCAAAUUUACCAAUAUUUGCUGAGCUUGGAAGGGAGAGGAUUAAUAUGGUAUUUUAGGAACACAGAACGUUUUAAAAAAUACUUGUGGAAAUGAUGAGAGUUAAAUGUAACAUUUCUGAUGAUACUGGUAAGCUUUAAGAGUGGUGCCUUGAAGCUUUCAGAUUCUCUCACUCAAAAAAAUUUGUUGUUUACAAAGGGAAAUUAAUCUGCUUUUAAACUGUCUCUUCUAAACAACAUUAAAUAAGUCUUGAAAACAGAUUACAAAUACUUAAAUAUUCUUCUGCUGUGCCUUAGCCUCAGGAGUGGUAUUUCUGCUAAUUUUUGGAGGAGUCCUGUAUGUUCCUCCUCUGCACAUAAAAACUGGUGCCAGCUUCUGUGGCAGCAGGACAGCUCAGCAGAGUAAUCCUGUCCAAAAGCAGUCAGUCCCUACAGUGUAUCUGACUACCCAUUUUUGGACCUGGUACUCAUUUAUUUCUAAGGCUGGGCCACUAUCAUUCCAGAUGUUCCUGGGGGCCAAUCUGCCACUGCACAUUAAUGUAGUCCUGGGAAGGAUUUAAACAGUUACUAGUCGAAGUAACUAUAUAUAUAUAUAUGUUUUCUUUUUAGAAAAAACAGGACCAAAUCACUUUCAGGGACUAUUAAAAAUAAUACCAUAGGAUCUCUUAGAACCAUCAAUGUUGAUUUUUCUUUUAAAUCAAAUCUAGGGUCUGUGGGAACAGCAGGAAGGGAGAAAAAUAACACUCUUCCUUCCCUUUCAGCAGGGAAUGCAGAAAAGGUGCUGAAACAUUUAUAGAAGGAUAAGUAGGAAAAAAAUGCUAGCUAGGGACUGCCAAGCCUGCAAGGAUUCCUCACAGAAUAGUGGAAAGGCUGAGACAAGAUGUAAAUCAGUAAAAAGAUAAAGAAGGAGGGAAGGUAAUUAAAGGCCAAUAGAGAUGGAGAGCAGUUUUUUGCAGCAAGCAAAACAGAUAUUGCUGCUUGGAGAAAUCAAAGGGUAUUUGCUGAAGGUAACUGCAGACAUCAUAUUUCUUUGAAUUAUAUGAGGUGUUUGAAUUCCUUGCAUGUGCCAGUCCAAUCAGAAAAUGCUAAAUACAUGCCAAAAGAGUACCCAUGUUAAAUGAAUUAAGAGCUGUUUAUAGCGUUUUCUAAAAAUCUCAGUUCUGCACAUAAAAAAGCUUUGUGUGCUUACAAAAUGCACAAGCAUCACAGCAAUAGUUUAAAUAAGAAAAAUAAUCCUGAACAAGUAGUGAACAGACAUCUGAGGUCUAGGAAUUCAGGUAGUGGAUAAAGGAAGCUAAAGGUAUCAGAGAAAAAGGGUCAAUAGUGAGUGAAAAUUCUAAUUAUACUAGAAAGAAAUGAAAUCUUUGUAGUAGUAGAGGUCCUUCGCUAAUUCAGGAUGAUAAUACUGUCAGUGACUGGAAAUAAGAAAUCUUCAUUCUGUGCAACUGUUCCCUGUGCAGCUGGGAUAAACCCCCGCUAAAUUCAGUGGGACAUGAAUUUCAGUGACUGCAUUUAUCCUUCCUGCAAAGAUUAUAUUCCUGCCUAUUUCAGAAAGAAGCAUACUAAUCAAUGCAGAAGUCUUUACAAGAGAUAAUCUUUCAGCAUAGUCUCAUGUUUUCACACCUUUUUCUUUUGUUUCAAACUGUGUAUAUUACGGGAAGUAUCUGAUGAGAUACUGUAUUAAAGUCUGUUUGAAUGGCUUGAAUGGCAGCACUGCUCUGACAAAAGGAGAGAGCACAGAGCAUUCAAAGCUUACUGAUGUUGCAUGUUAAAGCUCACUACGGUGUUUUUAUUUACUAAAGCUAUUAAUAUACUGCUGGAAUAAAUCUACUAUAUUUUGAAUUGGUAAAAAAGCUAAAAUAUGAAGAAGCAAAUAACUUUAUAAUUAAAGUUGUCAUUUGCAGCAUUUAAAAGACUGUUCGCGUAUUUUUGUUCUCUUUUAAAAUACUUUGAACUUUUAGAAUUGCCAAUUAUGUUGUUUUCUUAAGAGUGUAGAUCAAAAAGGAAUUAGUAGGCAGGAAUUUUUAUUAAUAGAGCCUGAAAACCCCAAAAGAUAUGCUGCUGGUAUUUCUGUUUAAAAGAGAAGAGAAGCUUUUGAUAGAUCUAAGAAGGAGUCAAACUUCAAAUAAGAAAUCAAAGAAUAAUUCUCUCUAAAAGAACAUUAUGCUGUGGAUGCCAAUGUGGACCUGCACACUGGCCUGUUAUAUGAGGCAUGGUAUUCUGAAAAUGUCUAGGCAGGCUCAUAAAACAUCUAAUGGAUAUUUACUGAUGGAUGGUCUGCCUUACACCCAACUGCUGCCAAGUACGAAUACUUCUGGUUUUUCUUUAUGCUUUCCAUACAGUUUCUAUUUUAUCAUGAUAUAUGCCUAAUUUAAGAAUAAAUCUUUUCAAAGAUUACUGCAAUUGGUGGGGAAAAAAACAAAAGGGGAUUUUUAGGUGAUAUAUGAUCGCACCAAAAUGAUACUUUAAAAAUGGUGACAUCACAUUCCCUGGAGGUGGUGGACUACCUGUUUUAAUAUCCACAUGUGGAGAAGUUGCAGUAAGAGUAGCUUUUGCCACGGAGCUUUUAAGUGCCACAGGGCUUUGAUGUGUAGGACUGUUGUGAAACCAGCAAUGGCCAUAUGGCUCAUUAGCAAUGUUCUUGCUGAGAUGACAAGCUGUAGGCUAAGACGGCUGAAGAAUACCCACCAGCUCCUCCACUAUUAGCUAGCACAUUAUGGAAAUUCAGCCUUGACUACAUAACACAUCUAACAAUGGGACUCAGUGUUAUUGGAGGUGCUUCAGCAGCCAAAAUGUGGGUUGAGUGGUACUGAUAUCAAUGGCAAUACAUGGUGUGUAAUUACAUGGAGUUUGGUCAUUGGCUUGCUGUUUGUUUGCCAAGAAUUAAUUUCUGCUUAUGGCAGAAACAAAGAACCGAGGGGAAAAAAAAAGAAAGAAAGAAAUACAUGAAAAGAAUAGUGUUCAGCAAUAUGUGUCACUACAUAGCUAUAUAAUUCAACUCUCAAGAAGUAUAUAAGACACCGAAUUAUAUUGCACCCAUCAGGAUUUCCACCAGCGCAUGGCUAAUUCAGAAACAACAACUUACACAUAUAUGUGAUUCGCUUCACACCUUUUCUGUGAUCUCUACUGGAUCUCUACUCUACUUGAAUAAAAGCCUCAGUGCAGAAUGUUAUGAUGUCACCAGCUAAGAAAGAGGUCCAAACCUUGCAAGGGUGAAUCUGCCUCCCAACAAAGCUUUCAACUAACAUUUAAUUCCAGUUUUAAAAAAAAAAGAAAGGAGUAACAACCAAAUCUUCUGCAGUCAGUCUUCCCAGGGCUGCACACACAGAGAGGCUUUCUAGUUCCUGAUGUUUGGCUAACAGCCAGGAAGUCUUGAGUAGUCUCUCAUUCUCCAAUAUCUUGGAAAGAAACUAUCUAAUCUCCCAGGAGGAACACUAGCAGAUUCACUUGAAAGCCCUUCUCAAUUUGACGUAUGGAUAUGCUGAUAAAAUGCAACUCAACACCAUAUUCUCAGUUACUGGAAACAAUCAUCUUUAUCUGUUUUAACAUCUAAUAGAAUGAUCAAUAGCAUUUUAAUAAAGCUUGCUGUAAGUCAUAUUUAACUCAAGUAAGAUUUUGUAUUGUAUUUCUAUUAAAUUACAGUUUCUGCCA